AUGCGCGCCAAACGCGCCACAACAACGUCGCUUUGUUGUGGAAUUGGAAGAACCUCGCACUGGGGGCAGACUUUGUGUGUGUGGUCAGUGUUUUUUUUAAAUAAUAACCCCCGCAAAAUGAUCAACUCGAGACAGAACUAUCUGAACGCGAAGCGCUUUUCGGCGGAUCUGGCGCUGGAGCACAUCAUCCCGCACAAUGUGUGCUUCUACCUGAUACCACCGAUCGUGGACCUGACGAUCGACGAGUUCGAAAAGCUGGCCCUGGAACGUCUCAAGAUGCUGCGGCUGCUCGAGCAGGUGACGGCCAAAAACCCAAAAGUGUCCUCGGAAGCGUGGCGCGAGGCUGUACUCGCGGAGGUCAAUCACGAGGGGCUGCGAACGUACGCCAAGCUGGCGCGCGGAAACCUGAACGACGAUGCAAGCAAGGCGGCCCGUCGCAGAGACUAUCUGUCCCACUUCAUCCUGAGGUUCGCUUACUGCCGGUCGGAGGAGCUGCGGCGCUGGUUCGUGGCGCGCGAGAUGGAACUGUUCCGGCUCAAGUUCGGCGCGCUGUCGAUGCGCGACGUGAAGGACUUUCUCGAGGUGUACGAGCUCGACUACAAGCCGCUGUCGGACGAGGAAAAGCUGGACAUUUCCGAGCAUCUGUGCGCGAGCACGUACAACCACACGCGGCUCAAGAUGGAAACGACCGACUUCUACGCGGUGCACUUUACCGAGGUGCUGAAUCUGGUGCGCGACCGCAAAUGCUUCCUCAAGGCGGGUGUCGCGUACAUCACGCCCGAGCACUUCACGCACGUGAUCGGCAAGAAGCACCAGCAGCUGAUCGAGGACGGGCUGAAAGGUCAUCUGCGCCUGCUGCCGACGCUGGAAAUCGACGAGCGGUUCGCGAUGCUGCUGAAAUCGAUCCACACGUCGUACACGGGCAAAAACUACACGGUGGCCAAGACGGGCAGCGUACCGGUGGAAAGUCUCGACCAGCUGUCGAAGAAAUCGUUCGCGCUGUGCAUGCGCAACGUGCACGAUACGCUGCGCGCGACGCACCACCUGAAGCACGUGGGCCGCAUGCAGUACACGCUGUUCCUGAAGGCGAUCGGCGUCACGAUGGAGGAUGCGUUGCGGUUCUGGCGCGAGGAGCUCACCCGCGGCAAGGUGCCGAUCGAGAAGUUCGAGAAGGAGUACGCGUACGCGAUCCGGCACAAUUACGGCAAGGAGGGGUCGCGCAUCAACUACUCGCCGUUUUCCUGCAUGAAGGUGAUCACGACACCGAUCGGGCCGGGGGAAACGCACGGCUGUCCCUUUAAGAAUCUCGAUUCCAGCACGCUCAAGAUGAAGCUGACCGGUUACGGGCUGAGUGCGAUCGAUGCGGACGAGGUGGCCGGGUAUGCGGCCAAGGGCCACUAUCAGAUCGCGUGCGGAAAGUACUUUGAGGUGGUGCACGAAACGAAACUGGAGGAGGGCAUUAACCACCCGAACCAGUACUUCGAGCUGAGCCAGCUGACGAUGGAAGGGAAGGAGCGGCCACGCCAGGGGCAUGCGGCAGCGGCCGCGAACCAGUCGGCCCGCUGGAACAGCCAGCCGAACAGCCAGUCGACGCAGGACGGCGGCAUGGUGGGCGAUUCCAGCACGCUAAACGGGGCGGACGAUGAUCUGGAGCUUUGGGAAAUCAUGGAAUCGAAGGAGAAGGAAACGGAUGCGGACGGUACGAUGCUUGCGGUACCGGUGGCGGAGAGUUUGAGCAAGAAAGUCAGCCCGAAGCAAACGAAAGCGGCGCAGGAAUGGGAUGACGAUGAUUUUGAUAUGCUGGAAUUUAACGAGUAACGUGGUUGGGAGGAAGGGGGGGGUCUAUUUUUAUUUAUUAGUCAAUAACAGGUUCGUUGUACUUUUUUUAUUAACGCAAUGGACAUUAACAUUAAUAAAACGUACGUUUUAAGCAUAUUUCGCUGUUUACAAUAGCUUUAAUAAUAAUAAUAAUGAUAAUAAUUAAGCAAAAUAAGAGAUAAAUAAAAUAAUUAUUUGAAGAAGUGGAAAUAACACCCUAAAACGAAUAGUAAAAUAGUCCAAGAUUCAAAUUACACUGAUUUCGACCGUCAUACGCCUAACAGUAUGCAAUGUAGCGUUUGUUUAAAUGCACGCUUACCUGACGCCUGAAAGUAUGCAAUUGCAUUUUAAUUACAGUGCCCUUCAAAUAAAUCAGUUUACCAACAAAAAAAAUGGUAAUGCACAUUUCAAGUCAUUUUUUAUUCAAGAUAGAUGAAACUUGUGGUAAUGCAGCGAACAUUUGUAAAACAAUCAAAAUAAAAAGAGUUGGUUAAAAUUCAUGUUUCGCUCAUACUUACGUUAUUUUCAUGUCUUUCUUUCCGCCCAGCACACAUGCACACAUUACCUUUCAGAGACAGGUUUAAUGCCACCGCUUCCCUAACAAAGAGGCAAUUUUGGCCGUUUUUUAUACAUUGAACAAAAUAAAAUAACGCUAAUUUCAUUCCUUCGGCGUGCAUUAUCAAACGCGUUAAUAGUAUGUCGCCGUAUUUACACCACCAAAACACUGCCAACUCCAUAUCUCGCGCUUCACCAAGAUUUUACCAUCCCAACCGUCGAGAGAGCGGGAGAGGGAGUGAAGGUCAACAACUCCACGGCCGACCCGCGGGUACCCAUCGAUGAUGACGUAAUUGCGUCAACAGUGAAGAGCUAAUAAGCAGGGCGGCCACAUACAGCCAUACGGCAGAAAAUCCCACAACCGUGUCCGCGUACCCCAAUCACUGUAUGUAUGUGUGUGUGACGCUUUUUCGUAGAUAUUGUACUUUGAAAAAUAAAAAAUAAAAACGCCCUCCGAAGAUUUAACGUUUGGCAAAACUAAAUAGCGAAAUGGUCGAUUUUAUUUGUAAAUAUUUUCAAAAAUAAAGUGAUAAACGAAAUCGAUAAACGCUUACAAAUAAAUAUCUUUCUUCAAAUGACUCUAACAUCUGUCUGUCUCUCUUACGCCGUCGCGCAAACGAACUAGCACAUGGUGCUUCCUCACUUUCUCCCAUUUUUUUCUCUACAAGCUACAAGUAAAUAGUUGAAACAAAAAUUGCAUCCUUUUGUUUGUUUGUUUAUAUUAGCAUUCAUUUCUACACCUCGUGGCGUACACGCUCACACUGGCACGCACUGUGACUUUCGGGGUUCGCUCGCUUUCCGUUUUAAAUUAUAUACAUCUUGCAAUUGCACGCGCAACCACCUCACAAGCACUUCUCAUAUUACACAAAAUUAGGAAACAUUUCUAAACCCGACAACUCCCAAAAGCGUGUUGUCGUGUUAGAGUCACUAGAGUAAAUUGCUUUGAAAUGGUGGUGGGGGAGGGCGGAAGCAUGGGAAAGCAGCUUCCCUUUUGAAAUGUAUGGCAUGUAUCACACCACUUCCUGGCAUGUUAUUUCGAUUGAAAGCAUAGUUUUUACAGAGCGAGAAUUGAAUGUGACAAAGGAAACUGUAAAACUGUGCGGUCGGGAUGGUUUUAGGCAACGCAACAGACUGGGAUCAGAUCGUUUUGACUAUAGAAAACUAUCGGAGAUGGUAGAAAGCAAAAAAAAAGGAAAUAAUCAAUCUAUCGCGCUGUGCAAGAAAGCAGUUACACCUAAAUAAAAGCUCUAUUUAUACUUUAAAAAAAAUCAUGUAAAAACUAACAAUAUGACACUAGCAUUGCGGGAUGCACUUUCAAUGCGACACUUUCUCAUGCUGCGGCGCUGCAGGAGAAUUCGAGUCGACCGUGUCCAUUACGCGCCACGGGUAGGUGGUACGGACAGACACGGACGGCUCGAUCCAACGACUAGAAGCACUUGUUUUUUUUCUGUUUUUGUUUCAACCGAAGUCUAAAGCAUUUGUAAAACAAUCUGACUCGUUUGAAUGCUACUCCUCGGAACUUACUACCAACCCCUGCUACCCUAAAGGAGACUUAACAACCUAUUGCUAACAACAUCGAUCCGCAAAAUCGCUGCUCUCCUCUUGCUUUGUUUCCUGCACAAACAAUCGUUCGCGUUGAACGACAAACGCACAGAGCAAGUAGUGGUAAACACUAGCAUUAUCCACCGUUGUUUUACAUACAUCUCCCGCUAUGGUCCUCCUAUUAGUACCGAGAAGCGCCAAAAACACCCCAAAUCCCCCUGCGGCGGCGUUCCAUACCCAAAUAUAUAGGCUAUCAAUUCUAAUACGAUAAGGCAUUUCUGUGUCUCACAAUGGCAAUAAGCUUUGUUCGCGUAAAUGUGUUUUGUUUUGUUUUGUUUUCGAGUAACUAACUCUCUCUCUCUCUCCCCCCAUUGCGCGUUUCCCUUUACUACGAAAGACCUGAACCUGAAGAGAGCCGCGGAAAUCAAUUCCCGGGUCGUGUAUACACUACCUAGUAGUUUGUUUUUAGUCGCCCUCAUGACGACCGGCGCCUCCCUCUCUCUCUCU